AUUCCUGAGCAGCUGAGGGGCCCAGCGGAGGGGGCAGUGGGGUGCUCUGCUAAGGGCCUCCCUGCCAGCCCUGGGGGGCUGAUGCAGAUCCAUGGUGUGGUGGGGACUCAGCAAACAUCCCACCGUGGCCUGCGUCCAACACAGCAGUGAGGUGAUGUGCUGCUGGAGAGGUGCUCCCAUCCAAGAGACAAUGCUGGCACCCACAGCACCACUCUCAGUGCCCAGGGCUGUCCCCCUUGCAUGGGCUGUGUUGUCUCCCCAGGGUGGCUGCCCGCCAGCAGCCUCCCUUCUCUCCUUCUCUGUGCUGGCAUUCAGCCCCGCUGACGAAUCCCGCUUGCAGUUCCUAUGGCAGAAGCCACUUCCCCUCCUGCUAAUCCGCCCGUGCAUGCAGCCUCCACCUGCUGAGCCAGCCGGAGCCGUGCUCAGCCGGCCCCAGCCAGAGCCGGGGCUCUGAAACCUGCUCCGGCUGCAGAGCCCACGGGGCAGUGGAGCCUUCACACGCGGUCCUGCAGCAGCAGGAAACCCCGACCCUGUUUGGCACCGGGCAGCGAGGAGGCUGCAGGCAGCAUCAGCUGGCACCAGGAGACCUGAGUCCUUGAGACGGAGAGCAGCCACAAGACUUGCUGGGAGUGGUGCUGACCUUUGCCACACGAGAUGACAGCAAGAGACGGGCCCCAAGACAGGUACAAGGCUGUCUGGCUGAUCUUCUUCAUCCUUGGCCUAGGAACGCUGCUGCCAUGGAAUUUCUUCAUGACCGCCAGGAAGUAUUUCAUCAGCCGCCUCGGGAACCAGACCAGUGAGGCUGCCUUUUCCCUGCAGUCCAUGUUUGACAACUUCAUGACUCUCUGCGCCAUGGUGCCCCUCCUCAUCUUCACCUGCCUCAACUCCUUCAUCCACCAGCGGAUUCCCCAGCAGGUCCGCAUCUUGGGCAGCCUGGUGGCUAUUGGGCUGUUGUUUUUAAUCACCGCAAUCAUGGUGAAGGUUGCCAUGGAGCCUCUUCCCUUCUUCAUCUUUACUAUGAUCAGCAUCGUCUUCAUCAACUCCUUCGGCGCCAUCCUCCAGAGCAGCCUCUUUGGGCUGGCAGGGCUCCUGCCUGCCAGCUACACAGCUCCCAUCAUGAGUGGCCAGGGCUUGGCGGGCACCUUUGCUGCUUUGGCGAUGAUCUUCGGUAUUGCCAUUGGCACCCAGCAAGCCAAGACCUUCAUCGGUUACUUCAUCACAGCCUGUGUGGCAAUCGUGCUGGCAAUCUUCUCCUACAUUCUUCUGCCUCGCAUGGAUUUCUUCCGAUACUACUCCAUGAAGGACAAGACAGAGUACCGUGUGUACAAUGCAGAGCUGGAGACCAAAAGAGACCUGAUUAAGAAAGAUGAGCCCAACGGCAUGGAGCAGAAUAACUCAAAGAUCAUCCCUAUCCACAACCCUGACGAGAAGCCUUCAGUCAUUGCCAUUUUUAAAAAGCUCUGGGUCAUGGCUGCAUCCGUCUGCUUUGUCUUCACUGUCACCAUCGGCGUCUUUCCUUCCAUCACAGCUAAGGUGUCCACUGUCCUUGGAGAGGGAAACAAAUGGGAUUCCUACUUCAUCCCUGUCUCCUGCUUCCUGCUCUUUAAUGUCUUUGACUGGACAGGACGGAGUCUCACUGCUCUCUUCACAUGGCCUGGAAAGGACAGCUGCCUUCUGCCAGUGAUGGUGGUCCUCCGUGUCAUCUUUAUCCCUCUUUUCAUGCUGUGCAACGUGCAGUCCCGUAAAUACCUGCCUGUUGUAUUCUCUCAUGACGCCUGGUACAUCGUCUUCAUGAUCUUCUUCUCCAUCUCCAAUGGCUACCUGGCCAGCCUUUGCAUGUGCUUUGGGCCCAAGAAAGUGCUUGCCCACGAAGCGGAGACAGCUGGAGCCAUCAUGGCCUUUUUCCUGUCGCUGGGCUUGGCCCUAGGAGCUGCCGUCUCCUUCCUGAUCCAAAUUCUCAUCUAGCAGAGGCACCCAGGGGGUGCAGGGACACUGAGAGACGGCUCCGCAUCCUCCUCUGAGGCCCUGGACACCUUGGCACCGUGGGGAGAUGACACCUCACGCCUGCCCCUGCCAAAUCACACUGCCACGGCAGGCAUUAUGCCCAGGGACGGUUCCACUCCUGCAGGGUUGGCCUGGCUCCUGUCACGCUUGGCUGUGUGAUGCCUUCAGGCCUAUGUGCCUUCUCCUUCCCCAUGCUGUGUGUGUGUGUAAGACCGCCCCAGGAUCUCAUAGAGGUCCAGCUGCCUCCCACGCUGCAUAAUUUCCCCAGCUCAAGUCCAAAAGCCAAUCCCAGCCUCCUCUGUGAUGGAGUUGGAGGCUGGUAUCCAGUGUUAUUCCCUCUCUUGCCCUUGUCCCCAAGGCACCUGGGGACUUGCUCUCCUUCCCUUCCAGGGGGACUGGAAACAGCCCACAACACUUCUGCUGGUGAGACUUGCAAGUGGGGAGGAGAGGCCCAGCCAGCCUCGCCAUCCCUGCUCUCUGCUAGGCGCACAAUCCCCUCUCCAGCAGCAAUCCCAAGGACACAGAGAUCCCUGUCCCACCCAUAUGAAGAGUCAACACUGUGGCUAGGCUGAGGGAGGAGGUCUCCACACCUCCCCUUCUCCCCCUCUCCUUGCCUUUGUACCCUCCAUUUGUGUGUGUGUGUGUGGUUCUACCAGUUUUCUUUCUGCCUCCUGGUUGUGUGACAGGAGGCCUCACCGUGGGCUACAAAAGGAGAGAAGGCAACUCCUUUUCCCAGCCUGCUUGUGCUGCAGGGGGAGGCUUGACCUCUCCCUUGGCUUUCCCAUCCCGUCUGUGUAAACGUGUCUGUACAGUUGCCGUUUUCUAUAAAAAGACCAAAAGGCC